AUGCCUGAGCACGCAGCCGCCUCCAGGCUGUGCUUCUCGGGGCUGUGCUUCCUCCUGCAGAUCCUCCUCAUCCUCCUCUUCGCGGUGUUGGUGCGCUACAGCCCCGAGGGCAGCCCCGAGCCGUGCCCCCCUCAGCUGAACUGCAGCCAGAGGAGCCAGGACCCGAAUUUCCUGCAGCCCCGGUUUCAGGAUGUCCACGUCCAGCUGCUCCUCAGCUUUGGGCUGCUGGUGGCCUUCCUCAGCCGCUAUGGGCCGGGCAGUGCUGCCAUCAUCAUCCUCAUCACUGCCUUCUCCAUCCAGUGGGCUGUCCUCAUGCAGGGCAUGCUUUUCUUCUUCCUCAGCGGCAAGAUUUCCGUGGGAGCUCAGAGCAUGGUCAGUGCUGAUUUCUGCACUGCAGCUGUUCUGAUCUCCACCGGAGCUGUUCUGGGCAGGGUGAGCCCUGUGCAGAUGCUGCUGCUGGCCCUGCUGGAAGUGACCCUGGGCACCCUCCAUGAAUUCAUCCUGCUCAGGCUCCUGGGGGUGAGCGACAGUGGAGGCUCCUUGACCGUGCACACCUUUGGUGCUUAUUUUGGCCUGGUGGUUUCACGGGUCCUGUACCAGCCCCACAAGGACAAGAGGAAGAGGGAAGAGCAGCAGGAUAAGGGGCACCACAAGGAUGUCUUUGCUGUGGUUGGAACCAUCUACCUGUGGAUCUUCUGGCCCAGCUUCACCUCCACCACCACUGUCCACCAUGAUGGAGAGAACUGGGCAGUGCUCAACUCCUACUUUUCACUGGUGGCAAGCACCGUGUCCACCUUCAUCCUCUCUCCUGUGCUCUAUGAGGAGAGCACCCCAAGGAUGGUUCAGCUCCAGGAUGCCACCCUGGCUGCCAUGGCUGUGAUGGGCAUGGCUGGAGAGAUGCUGCUCACCCCCUUUGGUGCCCUCAUCGCAGGGUUUCUGGUUGGCCUCAUCACCCCCCUUGGCUUCAGAUUCUUCACGCCUGUUCUGCACUCCAAGCUGAAAAUCCAGGACACGUGCGGGGUGCACAACACCCACGGGCUGCCCGGGGUGCUGGGGGCCCUGCUGGGGACGCUGCUGACGCUGCUGGCCACCGCUGACACUUUUGGUUACAGGCUGGAGCUGCUGUUCCCACUGGUGACCCAGGGCAGCCGGACAGUCACUGACCAGGCGUUGAUCCAGCUCAGUGCCCUGCCCCUCACCCUGCUGCUUGCCACGCUCGGGGGCUGCAUCACGGUCCCGGUCCCGUCUCCUCCCGGUUCCCCCCGCUCCCCCGGUCUCGGUCCCCGCCGCCGCCGCUAG